CGCGGCUGCACACAACAUAGCCAUCUUGUCAAGAGUGACAGAGUGAGGGAGGUAGCUGAAGGCGCUGUUAAAGAUUAUUUGUUUUAAUCGUGAAAUUUACAUAUGUAUUUAAAUAAAAUUCUCCCUCGGCCGCAGGUAACUAUUAAGUAAGUCUCACCAACGAACGAACUAAAGCGGCGAAGAGAGGAGUUAUUCCGGACCGUUUUCAGGAAGAUGUCUCACAUACUUGUUCCGACGUAGGGGGAGUGUGCAGCACCCCGUUGGAUUAAAUUGUUAGCUAGCUCGGUGAGUCAAGGGCUGUGGGCCCUCCUCAGCCCAAGUAGCUCACACUGCUAGUCAACACACUGCGAAAACGACAGGUUGGCCAUUUGGAUACCCGGGACCGAGUCUAAGUUCUGUAUCAGUCGUCAUCCAGGCGGCUUAUAUCAGUGUCUCGAGCCUUAUUGUUGGAUAAGACAAGAACUGUGGCGUUGCGCUGCAAGCUGCUCAUGAAACGCAACAGGAGACCGAGAGAGGAAGAGGAUGGCGCAGAUUCAUCUUGGUUACAGCUAAGUAGGCUAAGAAAAAUAAAUGCAAGUGUGUUUAAUAUGAUCUGAGCUUUCCAGAAAGCUACAACCAGCUCGUCUGUUUUUUUGACGGAAAAUAAACAUAGCCAUACGGGACCUGGAAACAGGCAGUCAAUAUGUCGAAAAUGCCGGCCAAGAAAAAGAGCUGUUUUCAGAUCACUAGUGUGACUCAGGCCCAGGUGGCGGCUAUAGGUGCCGCCGACGACACGGAGAGUCUGGACGACCCAGACGAGUCACGGACUGAGGACGUGUCGUCGGAAAUAUACAUGUCACGGGCUGAGUACGAGCCUGCGUGUGACAGGAGUUCAUCCGAAGAAGCUCUCAAUAAUGUCGGAGAGCCCGCAGAGGCGCCGUCAAACGUGCCUCAGGCCAGUCAGUCUGCGCUGUUAAGCAAUGCAGUUGGGGAGUUACAAAAAGUAGGAGUGUCUGGCUCAAGUCAAGGUGGUCAGCAGCCGCCGGGGAUUGGUUUUACUCCGGGUUUACCCCCUAUCACUCAGCCCGGGGGAAUGCAGCAGCCUCCUCCCCUAGCCAGUGCUGGGCCUUCCGGUGUGUCAGUUAACACAUCCCAGCCUGCUGCAGUGACCAGUCCGGCCCCCCCUCCUGCCACCUCCACAGCAAGUUGCUCUUCCCGUUUUAGGGUCAUUAAACUCGAUCAUGGUACUGGAGAACCCUUUCGAAGAGGCCGAUGGAUGUGUACAGAGUUUUAUGAGAAGGACUCUGAGGCAUCCCUUGCUGGUAGGACUGUAGAUGGCAUAAGACAUGCCAGUGUAACUCUGGACCCAGCUGCAGACAGAGACAGUGGGCUUGGGCUUACAGGGGGAUCCAUCAUUUCCCCGGCAACACACUCAAGUCAGGGUUUGGGCUCCACAGCAGAGACAUCUCUCUCUUCCACUCGGAUGCAUCCGGUGGAGGCACUACCACAGCAGCCACAACAAAUCCUCCAUCAAAGCUACAGUGCUGUUGCUGGGGCGGCCUCACACAGUACUUUCUCCAGUAUCAAACCCCCAGCUGUCCCAGCACAGUCAGCAGUGGGAGGUCCGCAACCACCCACUACACAAAAUGUGCUACCUGUUGGACAAAAUGGCCUGCCUCAGUCUGGUGUCCAAAUACAAAAGUCUCCCAUUAUGCCUCCAUUGGCCCAGCCUGUAGCGUACCCUACCCAGCAGCAGGUUCCCGUGGGCCACCACCUGAUCAGCCAGACGGAGUACUAUCAGCAGUCUACGUCCUUGCCACCAAGUCUUGCAGCUGGUCAGCCCAUUCCUGCGGUGUCACAACCCGUCGCACAAGGCCCCACUCCGGUCUUGCCUCCCGCUGCUGGAGCAGCUUCUGUGCCAGGUCAGGUUGGAGAUGUUUCUGCUGGACAAACAGUAUCAGCUACCUUGCAGCAGCAGACUGUAGGGUUAGGAGGUACUGGAGGCUCCAUGCUGGUCAGCGGUUUUCCUCUGCCUCAGCAGCCCGUGGGUCAGUAUGCUGCUGCUGGCCACUCUGGGACCUCUGGUGUACAAAAUGUGCCUGCCAUCGCAGUGAGCUCCAGUGUACCCACCACUGUGCCCACUGCCGUGCUCAGUGCCUCCAGUGCAGUCUUGCCAAAUGUGACAACCCCCAGUUUGCCUCCUGGUCACACACCUCACAGCAAGACUCCAGUGGCUUUGGGGAUGCAGGGCCUUCCAGCAGCUGGAUUUGGACAGAUGGAGGCUAGUGGCGCUGGUGGUGGACGGAAGUCAGAGGGAAUGGUCAAUGCACAGUCUCCGGUUGUCCCUGGAAGGGACUCGAUGAAGUCCUUCAUGCCCGAGGCCCUGCAACUCACCACUCCGACUGUCAACAGCCUAUUUGGGAUCCACAUAUCUGUCGACGGGGAGGAAGACAGGAACCCCUCCACGGCUUUCUACCAGGCCUUCCAGUCUGGAAGCAGAUUAAGAGACUCAAAGGCCCACAGUGAUAGUGCCUCUGGAACCAACAUUGUUGCCAUUGAUAAUAAAAUUGAACAGGCAAUGGACCUGGUGAAAAGCCAUCUGAUGUAUGCAGUGCGGGAAGAGGUGGAGGUCUUAAAGGAGCAGAUCAAGGAACUUUACGAGAGGAACUCUGUGCUGGAGAGGGAGAACGCCGUGCUGAAAUCUCUGGCCAACAGCGAGCAGCUGUCUCAGCUGUCCACGCAGUCGCCCGCCACCUCCAGCGCCACACCCCCACAGCAAGGACUCAGCCAACCCCAGCAGCAGUCGCACCCCCAGCUCCAGCUCCACCCCAAACCCCAGCAGCUCCAAACUCAGCCUCAGCUGGACCCUGGCCAACAACCUCAACCCAAUGUCACCUCCGCUUGAAGUGCAUCUGCCCCCUGAUUUGCAAAGAGCAAGAGGGGGGAAAGAAAAAAAGAUCAUCCUCUCGUACAACUUAUAAUAAUUAGUGUAUGUGAAAUUAAAAAGAAGAAAAACAAACUUUGUCUUCUUAGCCACCAGCUUGACCACAAAGUACAGUGCUUGUGUGUGUCUGUGUGUGUCAGGGUGAGUUAGCAAGCAAGCGAGACUGUGAACAAGUGUAGGAAUGUAUGUAUGCAGCUGUACUGUGGGCCUUUCCAGUGUUAAUGCAAUCAUCAGAGGGACUUGGAGAGUGUGUGACGGAGCUUUAGGGCAGGGCCGAGGUGGGUUUCACGUUUCAUCUUGUUCCCACGUUGCUCAACCAAAGCAGCCUCAUGACCUGACCUGAAACCUGCUGAAACCCAGGGUGCAACAGGCAGCGAGUUCACCUCAAGUUAGGGUAGUGGUUCCCAAACUGGAGGGCGGGUUCCCGCAGGGGGAGCGUAGCAAGACUAAAUAAAAUUUAUAGUUUUUGCACUGUUAGCAAAACAUGGACAAACAGUGUAUCGUCUCAUUGAAAGCUCAACACCGUAGAUUGUUGAAGUAGAUUGCAGUUUCCAGGUUUAAACGCCUCACACUGUAGCAGAGGGAUUUAUCAUUCCUCCCACUGACAUGGUUUUAGCUAUAGUUAACCAAGCAGCAGACAAUAAGUAAGACUAUUUCGUGGCACAUUUCUUCAAACGUUUCUUUGUAAGCAUCGGGGUGCAUGUAGUAGUGGGACUGGGGGGGCUUUACGUCAAUGAAAAGAGGGCCCCGCAGAAAGUUUGGGAACCACUGCAUUAGGGACAGAUGGAGAGAUUGUCAAGAGAGCGAUUAUUUUUUUAAAUUGAGACAGAGUGGGUAAGGGGGGGUAUUUUUUAGCCUUGAUGUUUCAUGUUGUAAUGAACUGGGAGAGUUUUUUUUCCUUUUCGGAAGCACCACACCGCUUGCCAUUACUUUUUACAUGGAGUCCAACUCUUGCAUCGGUCUGAGUUCUACUGUUAUAGAUGUUUUUAUUUAUUACGGGGCUGCUAUUUUCAUAAAUGAACAAUUUCAUAAAACCUUGUUAAACAGUAGCCUGUUGACAUGUUUCUUCUUUUUCUUUUUACAGUGUUUUAAACUGAUCAUAUCCCAAGCAAUGCUUUGUGGAAAAUGUAGGCAAAAAAAAAAAAAUCCUGACAGAUGUUUAACACUAACUCAGAUUCUACGCUGCAGUUGCCAAUUCAUAGCUUGAGCCCAACUGAAUGUAAAUGUUUGUAUAGUAGAAAGUAUUAUAAGCCUCUUCAGGCGUCUCUGCACCAGUUUCACAUCAAGUGUUGAUGUAAACCAGCAGGUUUUAAAAAAAAUGUUUCUAAUAAAGUGAGUUGGUAUUGCCAUACUCCCUCCUUACUUGCUUUUUUUUCUCAUUAUUUGUCCUGAGUGGGCUGGGGGGAGGGGAAAGCUGUGAAAUCACGCAACAUACUUCAACGUACGUCAACCAAAGAUGCAAAGCUGUGUAAAUUGAUUUUUUUUUUCUUUGUGCACACUUUUUUUUUUUAUUUUCUCUUUUCACAAAAUAUUUUGUUGCUGUUCAGCAUGUUCUGCAUGAUCUGUAAUCUUCAAACCACUUUCUUACCUCAUUUUUAUUCAGCACUCUUAUUGUAAGAUAGUCUGUGAACAGUGUAAAUGGGGGGAGGGGGAGUUUGAAAAUAACCUAGUGUUACUGACACUAGUCACAGAAAAAUGAAGUGAGCCAUGUUUUGUUCAUUUAAAUGGUGUUUGAAUUUCAUAUGCCAAUAGUUUUGUUACUUUGCAAAUUUUAAUGUAUUUAAAUAAAAGCAAUAUUCAGA